UAGAAGUGUCCUGAGACAGGCUCCUGAGAAGCAAAGAAACGCCACAGUGUCAUAGAGAGCAUAAGAACACAAUCACUCUAAAAGAAAAGGACAUGUAUAAAGAAAUUGCAGUUUUGGAGUUAUUUCUGUGGAUGUAUUCUGGAAAGUGAUACUGUAGUGAAACAAAGACACAACAGAUUGUUUGUAUGUCUUGGGUUGGAUCAGUCUGGUGUUCAUUGUCUCAGAUCCAUGAAUGUCUUCUUUCUCUGUUGCCAUGGGCAACUACAACGCUGCUCUUACUGCUGGUGAAUUUAUCAUACUGGGCUGUACGGUGGUGCAGUGGGAAACAUGUUUGCCUCACAGCAAGAAGGUCGCUGGUUCGAGCCUCGGCAGGAUGUUGAAGAUUUCAAGUCCAUUGUGUCAACUCUGACUGAGCAGAACAGACUGGAGAACACACUCUCCGUUAAUCAUGCUGUUGAUGAAGAAGCAGGACAAGAAAUGAAGGAAGUGAACCAAGAACCAGACUUGCUGGCUCUCAAGUUUCUUUAUUGUAACAUAGAAGCACCAAAAGACACCACAGAGCCUGUCAGACACUGUACCUCUGCACCCAUUCUGGAGGCUUCUUCUUCUUCAUCAUCUUCUGGCACAGCUACCAUGACUCCACUUCCUGCUUAUCUUUCUGCAUUAUUAGCUAAACCCAGACCAGCCCUGCAGGGCCCUCCCACAAUGGAGCAGAUGAGGGCAGAACUUAGAGAACUGCGAGAUGAACUGGAUACACUUAAGACUCAGCAGAAAAAGGAGAUCAAACUACUCAUGAAUGAACUUGAUGAAGAAAAGAAGAUGCGUUUAUCACUGCAAAUUGAAGUAGAACGGCUUAAGAAGCACAUGUCCAAGUGAGCCAGUGCUGAGGGAUCCGUUCAAAUAAGUCAAAUCUCACAAAAUAUAUCUUUGAGAGUCUGAAAUAGCAAACUUAAGUGAAACGAAAAGCUUUCGAAAAUUGAGAAAGAACUUGAAAGACUUAUUUGUUUUUGAAAGUAUACUUUGUUAUUGCAUUACACUGCAGCAGCUUGGCUUAUUUUAAAGGAUGUGUUGAGUUUUAAUCUGUGGAAGGUGAUUGUAAAGAAACAGAAACCUAUUUUCAAUCAAAUCCAUUUAACUCUUGGGAUAAUGGACAUCAAAUCUUGCCUUUAAAUAUGUAUUAUUAUUAUUAUUAUUGUCAUCAGAUAAUAACAUUUCAUUUUGUGAAAUUAAGAUUUAUUAAAAAUUGUCAAUUAAAAAAAAAAAGUGGAGUCAGAAGGAUUUCUAAUGCU